AUGCUGGCAUGGGGUUUAUUUUGUUCGGAAUAUGGGUCUUACUGUUCCGGAACCAGCCAGGCAGAAGAUGCAUGUUAUGAGCAUAAUCAAAAUUCAGCGGAUCAUCCACUGGUGAAACAGAUUGAACUGGAACGAAUACAGCGCGACAAGUCUUCGACCAGUUUGCGCGCUGCAGCGACAAGAAGCGCAAAAGUACCAUAUCUAGCAAUUCUAACAACACCUGCUAUUUGGGGUGUUUGGAUUGCCGCUACUGGCGAUCUUAUGGCUUUGCAGGUUUGA